AUGAACAUGCUCAAGGCAGUAACUUUGCCUCCUGCCUGCGACUCCUUUGCAACAGUCUGUUCAGGCAAAAACUGCCUUGUACCUGCCAGUAACUUCAAUGAAGUGCUGGGCCUGGUGUUGAGCGUCGUGCUCACCAUAAUGCUGGGUAUGGUCAUGUUCUCCAUGGGCUGCACUGUGGAUGCCAACAAGUUGCUGGGCCACAUCAAGAGGCCCUGGGGCAUUGUAAUCGGCUUCCUCUGCCAGUUUGGCAUCAUGCCUUUCACAGCCUUCGCCUUGUCACUGGCCUUCAACGUUCUACCUGUGCAGGCUGUCGUUAUCAUCAUUAUGGGCUGCUGUCCUGGAGGCACCGGCUCCAACAUCAUCUGCUACUGGUUGGAUGGAGACAUGGACCUCAGUAUCAGUAUGACUGCUUGUUCCUCUAUCCUGGCCUUGGGGAUGAUGCCUCUGUGUCUACUCAUUUACACCUCCGUCUGGACAUCCUCCGAAAGCAUCCAGAUCCCAUACGACAGUAUUGGUAUCACUCUUGUGGCCCUCCUUGUCCCAAUUUCCCUGGGAAUGUAUUUAAAACGCAGGAAGCCCGAAUUGGCAAAAAAGAUCCUCAGGGUGGGUUCCAUUGGAGGGUUUGCUCUCAUUCUUAUCAUAGCUGUGGUUGGAGGAAUUCUCUACCAGUCUUCUUGGGACAUUGAUCCCGCCCUCUGGAUCAUCGGCACAAUCUACCCUUUUAUUGGUUUCGGCCUGGGGUUCACACUGGCCCGCAUUGCGGGUCAACCCUGGUACAGAUGUCGAACCAUUGCGUUGGAGACGGGAUUCCAGAACUCCCAGCUGUGCAGCACCAUUGUGCAGCUGUCCUUCAGCCCUGCUGAACUGGAAGUCAUGUUUUCAUUCCCCCUCAUCUAUAGCAUCUUCCAGCUGGUGGUGGCAGUCUUAACUGUAUCAGCCUACCGGCUAUAUAAGAGAUCACGUGGCAUCGGCCCUGCUGAUUCAGAUGAUGAGGCUCCAUCACUGGAGGCUGGAGGUGUUGAACAAUCAAAAGAGAAGGUUUACCCUGUGGAAAACGGUGCCUUCGAGUUCGAUGGGAACGGCAACAGGAUGGAGAAAGCUAAGGACAUCGACAAAAACACCAAGCUGUGAUAUAACAAACCCUGCAAAUGACAGACUUCGGACUAUCAGUAUGAACGCCCAGCGCUGCCGCUCUACUGAAGAAUCAACUGUGAACUCACACUGCUCUCUGCAGGCUGGAGGUGUGCACUACCGUUUCAUGAGAACAGGGGUGCCCACAUUUUCAGCAACCCUAAUUUAUUCAUAUGUGUUGUAAUCAUUUAAAAGAAGUUUACUCUGUGCAGACUGUCAGAAAGCCUGCUGAUAUUGACUUAAAACACACAGAAAUGCAAACUGAAUGUUUAAUGCUGUUUAUGUGGAGUAGCUCUCCAGAUAGACAGAGAGCUGCACUCUCUGUACUAAAUGAUGGAAUAUACAACCAAAUACAAUUCAACUGUGUUUAUGUGACAUUCAUAGCUAAGGUGGAAGUUGUAUCACACAGGCACAUGAGGUAUGUUCUUCUGAUAACCAGUGUCUCACAGGCAGCAAGUUGAAUUUAACAUAGACUAUAAGGUUAUUAUAUUGUAAAGAAAAAAGUUUUGCAUGGUCUAACUGUAUUUUCUAUUUCUGGUUCUUCUGUAUUUGUGCCUUGAUGAAAACCGAAGUGUUCUGUGCUCUUUCAGCUCCAUUCAUUAUUUCAUU